CUGUGUGAGAGGAAAUAAAGAAAGUGGAUAGAUCCUCGAAACUAUAUUAUUCAUUGGUGUCUUUCUUUGUGACCUUUGUGUGGUUUCUAUUGCUUUAGUAUAGUUAAUAAAGAUCUACAAAAACAUUGCGUCCAAACACAAGCCCCAAGAAGAGAAGGGAAAUAGGGAACUUUAGACUCGAGUUUCCCAGAGCCUAGCUAUUGCAUUCCAGUUUUUGGCUAAUAAUAUUCGCACUAACUGUGAAACUUGUAAAUUUAUUACAAAAACCGUUCCACAUUGUUACGAAUUAAGUGGCAGUCCAUAAAAUACUGCAUUUUCCGUUUGGUUAAGAGUGUGAAAUCCGAAAAUUACAUCGUACGUUCUAGAUCUUUUGACGAGCAUGAGUGUUUACAUUUUCCGUGCGGAGUGUUUCGGAGUGUAGGGUGAUGGAGCGGCUGUCGCAUGACUUGAACCUGGCCCUGGAGGAGAGCAACUGCGUGCGGCAUGAGCGCAGGAAGAUCGGCAUGCGACGAAGAACUAGAUCCGCUGGGAAUUUACCAGCAGCUGUAGCUAUAAGUGUAGCUGAAGAUGGCAGCUCGAGCAGUCCCCCGCAGGCUCCUCUCAUCACGCAGCCACUGUCGGACUCGGACGACCCGCUGCUCAACCCGCACAAGACCGGGAGUCUGAAGGCACGCCAUUACUGCCAGAUUGGGGCCUUUGAGUCAGAUUCCUUCAAUGAGAACUUCAGUCCGACGCGGCUGGCGACGACGCGGCGCAAGCGCAAGUACAAGAAGGUGCCCAUGGACUUCGUGGACGGCUCGCGCUCGCCGCCCAUAGAGAUACUGAACCUCACUGCUGAGCCCAGCGAACUGCCCGUGUCAAUUACACUGAACUCUGGAUUGAGCUCAAUUUUACAUACCAACAAGCACAAACUAUCAUGCAAAGAAAGAAAUGCAUUUUGUGGCAAAAGGAAAUGGUCGUACCGAGACAAGACUGACGGCUGCGAGAUGAGAGAGCGGUCCUUCAGCGGCGGUUGCACAUCCAAGGCCACCUUCCUGUCCAAGAACUACGACUUCAAGACCAAAAACCUGGACAAGAAGAGGAAAGAAUCCGUCCUGCAACCCGGGAAGAUAGUCCUGAAGUCGCAGAACGAUAGCGCCUGUAGUCCCCCGACCUUCGCCAACACUCCAACUUUACCCGGAAGCUCCUCUUUCAACUUCGUCUACAAGAAAUCCUUCAAAAACGGCACCCCGACGCUCAAUAAAAUGACCGGCUAUAAAGUCACUACCGACCUCCCGCCAUUCUUUAACCCCAUACCGAGCUCCACCAAAAACAACUUUGACGGGAAAAUGCACAGAAAGUCAAAACUACUGAACAAAACGCACCCGCCAAACAGUUUGCGGAAUCCGUUGCAGUUUGAUGACAAUAACGGCAUGGAAUGUAUGGGCAAUGAGUCUAGUUCCCUAAGCAGUAGUGAGUCAGACGGCAUAACAAAUGACAGUGAUCGUGAAGGAGACGAUGAACUAACAGACUGGCCCGGAAUAGAAGAACUUAAAGUGUUCAACAAAAGUUUGACGUUCAAGUCGUCUAAAGUAAACACGGCGGCGGCCGCCACGGCCACGCCACCAAAAAGACUGAAAAAGGAAAAGUAUUUAUCCAAAAGCGGUUGGACCGGAUGCAAGAAUAGGUUCAAAAAGAAACGGCCUAAAGUAGACUCGGGGAACGAUGAGGAAGCAAUGAUGUCGGAUUCGAAAACAAUCAUAGAUUUAGAAGACGAAUACAUUUCUAAGGAGAACAUUCUUCAACCACACUCUUCGUUUACAAGUUUCAGUGACGUGAAAAACGCUGGAGUGCUAGGUCAGAACGCGAACGAGACUUUUUUUCAGUCAUUUCAGGCGUUUCAGGAGAAAUCAGCUCAAGACGAGUUUGGCCAGACGCCGCGGACGAAUUUUGCGCUACAAAAGACGUCAUCUAGCGACUUGAAUAUAAGCGAGAAAUCGCCUCAAAGCGACCAUUACUUCAGCGAACACUCGAUGGGGAAUUCCCAAAUGAACGACGUUAGGGAAAUCAGAGCUGGGUGCAGAAGAAUUCGCGAGGAAAGACCAGGUUUCCUCAUACUCAGUGCUGCCAAUGAACAGUUGUCAAAGUUCCUGCAAGAUUCGUGCCAGACGGAGCUGAAGUUGCCAAAUCUGAAUGACCCUGAUGAGAGAGAAAAGUUGGAGUCUCUGGCUAAGCUCUACUCGUUAGAACUGAAGGUCGAGAUGGGUAGACCUGUUUUGAGGAAGACUUGCAACACAACACAAGCGAUCCAAGUGGAGCAUUCCUACCCGCACCUGCCGUCAGACCACAAGCGGCGCUGCUACGGAGAAGACGCGGACUCCAGCCUCAGCGUCAGCGACCAGAACUCGGUGGCUUCCAUCAACGACUUGGAAGAACACGACAUAGAGAACUUCAAGAGUGAGUUGACAGUUGGAGUUAAAUAUGUAGACACGUUUUCCAAUUCUUUGGUUGAUAAGUCGCUUUUGGACCCGGGGGAGAUUGAUUAGGUGUUUGGUUUUGUGAAGCAUGUUGUAUGGCUGUUUAGGUAUGUAAGUUAUGAUAUUGUUUGCUCUUCGUUGAAUUAGGAAUAGGAAAUUAAAUGUUCUGAUAGAAACGUGUACUGAAAAUAUAUUUUUUAUAAGUAUGAUUCAUAUAAAUCGACUCAAUCUAGUCCAAAAACAUUGUAAAUUGGCACAAAUCUUAUCAAAAUUAUAUUUAGGACAUAAAUAGGCA